AUGUUUCAGAAAGUAUGGUCUUCGUCCAAUCAAUCCUCUGUAUCGUUCCAGAUUCUCUCUGACCUCCACCUGGAGGUUAACCACCAAUAUCUAUCUUAUGAAAUUCCCGCUUGCGCAGAGCAUCUUAUCCUCGCGGGCGAUAUCGGACGCUUAGCGGACUAUGAAGAUUACCGCAACUUCCUCCAAAAACUGACUGGUCGAUUCAAAUUAGUGUUUCUCGUACUCGGCAAUCAUGAGUUAUACAACGAGGUGUUUGCUACGGGGAUAAAGCAAGCAAGGAAACUUGAACAGGAGCCUGCACUCAAUGGACGGCUGAUCAUCCUCCAUCAGAAACGAUAUGACGUUCCUGAGUGGUCGGUUGAUGACCAUAAUGCAUGCCAUGAUUCUGAUUAUGCCUGGCUGAUGAAGGAGAUACAUUCAAUACAACAGGAGAAUGAAACAGCGGGGAAGCGCAGUAGGCAACGGUCUAUCCUUGUUGUGACGCACCAUGCGCCUUCACUUCAGGGGACCUCUAGUCCUAAACAUGCUCAGAGUCCUUGGGGUGUUGCCUUUGGGACUGAUAUUCUUUCGAAGAUUCCAGGUGGAGUGAAAGCCUGGGUGUUUGGACAUACCCAUUACACUACUGAUUUCAUGGAGAAGGGGGUAAGAGUCGUGAGCAAUCAACGGGGGUAUGUGCUGCCUUGGAGUGAUCCGAAAGCACACAGCGGGUUUGAUGUGAGGAAGUGGUGUGUCGGGGCUUACCCCAGGUUGUGGGGGUGCGGCUGGGAGCAACAGCCGCCUGUGAGUAAAGUCCAUCAUGCAGAUAGUCCCAUCGUCAUCAUCUCAUCAUUAACGCCACCUUUGGACCAUAUAUCAUGCCGGGCCCGUGCCCCAGUUCGCUUCUGCCAUGUACUCGAUUGCCGUGGAGAUGGCCAGCAAAAGCAUACAACCACCACCAUGUCCUCAACAGGUUCGAAUCCCGUCUCGCGCCUUGCGGAAGCUGCCAAGGAGAAGGUUGCGCCCAGUACCUCCUCCAAAGCCAAGGAUCCCAGUGCAAACUGGACCCCGGAGGAGAUGUUCGAAACAACGUUGGAUAGGAACGGCAACCCAGUGCCCAAUGAUUCCUAUAUUGACGUGGAUAAAAUGAGAAAGGGACGACAAGGCCCGGACGAAGGAGAUGUCUUUGAGGCCGCAAAUGAGGACUUCGACUAAGUCAAGCCCGGUGGGAAUUAUGACGCUGGAGGCGUCAAUAGAGGGAGCAACGCGGCUAUAUGAGCUGAGACCAUGCGGAAUGUUCGAUGCUGUCAGUCACUCUUUGCAGGACAAGAGCGGUGGAUGCUGAGACAUGAGUGCAUGCAAUGUGUAAAUGUGGAUAGUGCUAGUAAUUUCCCGGUGGUGCACU